GACCGGCGUUAGAGGGACAGCUUUGGGGAUGAACGGAUUCAGCACGGAGGAGGAUAGUCGUGAUGGGCCCCCGGCCCAGGCUGCACCUUUCUUUGGACAGACCUGCUGUCUGAUAGACGGAGGAGAGCGCUGUCCUCGGCCCGCUGGGAACGCGUCGUUCAGUAAGAGAGUGCAGAAGAGCAUCUCGCAGAAAAAACUCAAACUGGACAUCGAUAAGAAUGUUCGGCACCUCUACAUAUGUGACUUUCACAAAAAUUACAUCCAGAGUGUUAGGAACAAAAGAAAGCGUAAAACCAGUGAUGACGGGGGGGAUUCUCCAGAGCACGAAACAGAUAUCCCAGAGGUGGAUCUGUUUCAGCUGCAAGUGAACACACUGCGCAGAUACAAGAGAUAUUACAAGCUGCAGACUCGUCCUGGACUUAACAAGGCCCAGCUUGCAGAGGUGCUCUUUAAUUCUGAAAGGACUUUGAUAAAUGUUGUUCAUGAAACCAAGUUUUUAAUUAAUAAAAUAAUUAAAGGGGUUGUUCACCUUUCAAACACUUUUAUCAGUUAAGUUGUUUUUAGACUAUUUCCCAGAAAUAAAGACUUUUUUCAAUUACUUUCCAAUAUUUAUUCUUUACUGUUUUUGCAAAAUCUAAGUUUAAAGUUCUCUGGUGUUCCACUAAUUCAAGUGCAGACUCUAAACUGCUACAAUUUUGCAACAUUUAGUUGAUACAUUUCUCAGCAGCAUCUUUGGAAUAUUAGCAACUAUUGUAUCAAUUCUAUCAGCUGCCUGUAAUGAAACCCAGAGAUUCUGCUCAGCAGGGACAAACAUAAGAAAUUAAUCAACUAAAUUUAUCAAUUUAGAACAGUUUACAGGGUCGGCGACCCCCCUCCCAAAGCUGCUUUAGAAGGUAAAAAAUAACACUUUACACUUCAAUAUUAGAAAAAUGGUCACAAAUAGAAAGUAACUGGAAAAAGACAUUAUUUCUGGUGAUCUAUGUGAACCCCUUUAAGUAUUUUUUUUUUUUCUUUAAGGUAAAAAAUUAGUUUUUAAAG